GUCGGGAAUCAAAACAAAGGGCCUGGGGGGGCGGGGGGAAGGCGGCGGGUCCGGAAUGUGAGCCGAGGUGGAGCGGGCAGCUGGGGUGGAAGAAUGAAAGAAAAGGAAGAUGAAAGAAUGUUGAACCACUUUGUAUGGUUGUAUGAUGGAAGGAAACGGAAUUGAGAACCCCUGCAGUAGAACACUUGGAUGGCUUCAACAAGAUAAUGAUGCUAAGCCAUGGCUUUGGAAAUUCUCUAACUGCUUUUCUCGUCCUGAACAGACGUUGCCACUUAGCCCCCAAACGAAAGAGUACAUGGAGAAUAAGAAAGUUGCUGUGGAAUUAAAGGAUGUACCAUCUCCCCUUCAUGCUGGCUCUAAACUUUUUCCAGCAGUCCCACUGCCUGAUAUUCAUUCUCUUCAGCAACCUAAAAUACAGCUUUCAACUGUCCCCAAAGUAAGCUGCUGUGCUCAUUGCCCUAAUGACCCCUCCACUUCACCACUGCAUUUUGGUGGUGGUGGUGGCGGCAGUAGUGGAGGUACUGGUAGCUUGAUUCACUCAGGCACACGCUUAGACUCACAAAGCACCAGGACAGUCACAUGUCAGAUAGGAUCAGGGUUUGCUUUCCAGUCUGCAUCUUCGCUCCAGAAUGCCUCAACUAGAAACAGUUUGGCAGGCAUUGCAAGUGACUUCCCCAGCAUGUGUCUAGAGAGUAAUAUAUCUUCUUGCAAACACCUACCCUGUUGUGGAAAACUUCAUUUCCAGUCAUGUCACAGUAACGUGCACAAGCUGCAUCAGUUUCCAACUCUCCAGGGCUGCACCUCUGCUGGCUAUUUCCCCUGUUCUGAUUUCACAAGUGGGGCUCCAGGGCGUUUGGAAGAGCACAUUUCACAGUCGGAGCUAACGCCUCACUUGUGCACCAACUCUUUGCACCUAAAUGUGGUACCUCCAGUUUGUUUAAAGGGCUCACUUUACUGCGAAGACUGUCUAAAGAAGCCGGCAAGAAAUAGUAUAACUGAUGCUGCUAAAGUCUGGCCAAAUAUACCACCUCCAAACACUCAGCCUGCACCUCUUGCUAUCCCUCUGUGUAAUGGCUGUGGAACCAAAGGAACAGGGAAGGAGACCACAUUGUUAUUGGCGACCAGUCUAGGCAAAGCUGCUUCAAAAUUUGGGUCACCAGAAGUUGCACUAGCCGGACAGGUGCUGGAAAACCUACCCCCCAUUGGAGUUUUUUGGGAUAUUGAAAACUGCUCAGUUCCUUCUGGUCGUUCAGCCACUACUGUUGUACAAAGAAUCCGUGAAAAGUUUUUUAAAGGCCACAGAGAAGCAGAGUUCAUCUGUGUGUGUGAUAUCAGUAAAGAAAACAAAGAAGUUAUUCAAGAGCUGAAUAAUUGCCAGGUAACUGUUGCUCACAUCAAUGCUACUGCAAAGAAUGCUGCUGAUGACAAACUCCGACAGAGUCUGCGAAGGUUUGCAAAUACUCACACUGCUCCAGCCACUGUGGUUCUUGUGUCAACUGAUGUUAAUUUUGCAUUGGAACUUAGUGACCUGAGACACAGGCAUGGUUUCCACAUAAUUUUAGUCCAUAAAAACCAGGCCUCAGAAGCACUGCUGCAUCAUGCUAAUGAACUGAUCAGAUUUGAAGAAUUCAUUUUGGAUUUGCCUCCCAGGUUACCGCUAAAAAUGCCACAGUGCCACACUCUGCUCUAUGUUUAUAACCUGCCAGCAAAUAAAGAUGGCAAGAGCAUCAGCAACAGGCUCAGGCGCCUGUCUGAUAACUGUGGUGGGAAAGUGCUGAGUAUCACAGGCUGCAGUGCAAUUCUCCGCUUCAUAAACCAGGAUAGUGCAGAACGGGCUCAGAAGCGAAUGGAAAAUGAAGAUGUCUUUGGUAAUAGGAUCAUUGUGUCAUUUACUCCGAAAAAUAGAGAACUCUGUGAAGCAAAGAGCUCAAAUACAAUUGCUGAUAAGGUGAAGUCUCCCAAAAAACUUAAAAAUACAAAAUUGUGCCUCAUCAAAGAUACAAGUGAACAAUCUUCCAGUGCCAAACUCAUGCCUGGAAAAGGAUCACAGGCAAAUUCUGGAUCUGCUACAAAAAACACAAAUGUUAAAAGUUUACAGGAGCUGUGCCACAUGGAGCCAAAGACUGGUCAUCGUAACAGUGAGCCCCAGCAUGGUAAUGCACGGCUGGCACCACCUCCUCAUAGUAACCCAAGCACUACGGGGCCAACAUCGAAAAACUCGGGGAUGGCAGAGUUGCUUUACAAAACCAGCCAGAAAAAAGAAACCAUCAGUUCCCGAAGUAGUACCAGUUCUCCUGUAGAGAAACAAAACAAAGAAGAGACUGUCUUCCAAGUGAGUUACCCAUCCGCUUUUAGCAAAUUGAUUGCAUCGAGGCAAGUCAGUCCUCUGCUCACAUCUCAGUCUUGGUCUCCUAGUGCAGAAACAAUGUCUGUUCUUCAGGAUGCACCUGCCUGUUGUUUGCCUCUUUUUAAGUUUACAGAUAUCUAUGAAAAAAAGUUUGGACACAAGUUGAAUGUGUCAGAUUUAUAUAAGUUAACAGACACAGUCACAAUCCGUGAACAAGGAAAUGGGCGGCUGGUGUGUCUCUUACCCAGUAGUCAGGCCCGCCAGAGCCCCCUGGGGUCUUCCCAGUCGCAUGAUGGCUCGUCCACAAAUUGCAGCCCAAUUAUAUUUGAAGAGUUAGAGUAUCAUGAGCCCAUUUGCAGACAGCAUUGUUCUCAUAAGGAUUUCAGUGAACAUGAAUUUGAUCCAGAUUCUUAUAAGAUUCCUUUUGUGAUUCUUUAUUUGAAGACAUUUGUACCCCAGGUUCACACCCUCCUCCGGACCCACGAGGGCACUGUGCCUUUAUUAAGCUUUCCCGAUUGCUAUGCUGCAGAGUUUGGUGACCUAGAGUUAGUGCAGGAAAACCAAGGGGGUGUCCCCUUGGAACACUUCAUCACCUGCAUUCCAGAUGUGAACAUUGCCACUGCUCAGAAUGGUGUCAAAGUGGUGAAGUGGAUUCACGACAAGCCUCCACCUCCCAACACGGACUCUUGGCUGUUGCGUUCUAAAAGUCCUGUGGGUAACCCCCAGCUGAUCCAGUUCAGUAGAGAAGUGAUUGACUUACUGAAGAACCAACAGUCUUGUAUCAUACCAAUUAGUAAUUUCAUCCCAGCCUAUCACCAUCAUUUUGCAAAGCAGUGCCGAGUUUCAGACUAUGGAUAUUCCAAGCUGAUUGAAUUAUUAGAAGCAGUGCCUCAUGUGUUGCAGAUUCUUGGAAUGGGCUCCAAACGUCUGUUGACCCUCACUCACAGGGCCCAGGUGAAGCGCUUUACUCAGGAUUUACUGAAACUUCUCAAGUCCCAGGCUAGCAAACAGGUCAUUGUAAGAGAAUUCUCGCAGGCUUAUCACUGGUGUUUCUCAAAGGACUGGGAUGUCACUGAGUAUGGUGUUUGCGAGUUGAUUGAUAUCAUAUCAGAGAUUCCAGACACAACCAUCUGCUUGUCUCAACAAGAUAAGGACAUGGUGAUUUGUAUUCCCAAAAGAGAACGUACUCAGGAUGAAAUAGAAAGGACAAAACAGUUCUCCAAGGAUGUUGUUGAUUUGUUACGUCACCAGCCCCACUUCCGGAUGCCCUUUAAUAAGUUUAUUCCCUCUUACCAUCACCACUUUGGCCGUCAGUGCAAACUUGCAUACUAUGGGUUUACCAAACUACUUGAACUUUUUGAAGCCAUACCUGAUAUUUUACAAGUAUUGGAAUGUGGAGAAGAAAAAAUCCUUACUUUGACAGAGGUUGAACGGUUCAAAGCUCUAGCUGCCCAGUUUGUUAAACUUCUUCGAUCCCAAAAAGAUAACUGUCUUAUGAUGGCAGAUCUGCUCACGGAAUAUGCUAAAACUUUUGGUUACACAUUUCGUCUUCAGGACUAUGAUGUCAGUUCAGUUUCAGCUCUGACACAGAAACUCUGCCAUGUUGUAAAGGUUGCUGAUAUAGAGUCUGGCAAACAGAUUCAGCUGAUCAACCGGAAGUCUCUGCGGUCCCUCACUGCCCAGUUGCUGGUGCUGUUGAUGUCUUGGGAAGGAACCACCUAUCUUUCUGUGGAUGAACUCAAGAGACGUUAUGAAACUACCCACAGUUCUCCUCUUAACCCAUGUGAAUAUGGAUUCAUGACCUUGACCGAACUUCUGAAGAGUCUGCCUUACUUAGUUGAGGUUUUUACAAAUGAUAAGAUGGAAGAGUGUGUGAAGCUCACAAGUCUGUAUUUAUUUGCAAAGAAUGUGCGAUCUUUACUUCAUACUUACCACUACCAGCAGAUUUUCCUUCAUGAAUUUUCCAUGGCCUAUACCAAGUACGUUGGAGAAACACUGCAGCCCAAGACAUAUGGCUACAACAGUGUGGAGGAGCUCUUGGGAGCAAUCCCACAGGUGGUCUGGAUAAAAGGACAUGGUCAUAAGAGAAUUGUAGUUUUAAAAAAUGACAUGAAAAGCCGGCUGAGUUCACUCAGUCUGUCCCCUACCAGUCAUGAAAGCUACACUGCAGACAGUGAGCAAAUCCUGGAGGUGACCGAGUUGCACACAGCCUCAGAACCCCAGCUUGGACCAGGGCCUAGUGAAAUGGAUCAAGAGCUUCUCCGCCUGGCUAGCAGCUCCCCUGUUGACCUGCUGUGUGCGCCUGUUCCUUCGUGUCUGCCGUCCCCUCAGCUGAGACCAGAUCCUGUUAUCCUCCAGUCCGCUGAUCUAAUUCAGUUUGAGGAACACCCUCAAGAGCCAUCUGAAAACAAGACUUUGAACCAAGAAGAAAAUAUUGAAAUUCCUGUCCCGGUAAAGAAGGAAAACGUGCCCUCUGAUUCCAGCUCAUCUUGUGUCCCAGCAGCUGCCCCAGUGCCUCCCUGCCCCUGCUCAGAUGCCCCAGAGUCUCUGCUGAGCAAGGACCCUGUGGAAAGCCCGGCCAAAAAGCAACCCAAGAAUAGAAUAAAACUGGCAGCCAACUUUUCCUUGGCACCUGUAACCAAGCUUUAACUCCCAUUUUGAACAUAGAAUUAGAAUGGGGAAAAAACUGUCUGAUUCUGCACACAAAAAUGGGCUUAAAAAACGUCCUUUUCUGUUUCAUUGAACCACCUCCCACCCUGAAGCCACAUCUUUAGAUGUAUUCCGUAAUGUUUUUGUUUCUUUUACAUUGAAUACAGCUUUUAGCUGAACUUUUUUUCUUCUCCCCUUUUUCCCCCCAGUUCUUUGAAAGAACUUUUGACAUUUGUCAGAGAACCUUUAAUUUACCAAAUUCUUCUUAAUUAUUAUGAAACUGGUGGUCCAGAAGAAGCAAGCAGUGAGAACUCAGGUAGCAGGAAUCGGUUUGGCUUCUUGAGCCCCGUGGGUGGUGUAACCCCAUGUAGCACAGCAGAGCCUUUCCACCAGCGCUUACUGGUGUUCCUUAAUCAAAUGCGUGAUGCAUCUCUGAAGUGAAGCCUGUGGGCCUGGACGUUCACACACGGAGGGUGAAGGGCUGGUGAGGAAAUGAGCUGUGUGUCAGGUUGGGAUGAAGGUUCCUGGCUUCCCUGUGACUUGUAAGUGUGCCUUGUUUUUUAUUUAACUAUGUCUGUAGUUGACAAAUGUGGCUUCAUAAAUUAUUUUUAAAUGUUUCGAUUUUGGGGUUCCAUUUAGGAGCUUUCUAGAAAGUUAAAGAUGUUUUACACUUCCCUUCUACAUUAAAUUCCAGUUUGAUGUGAUUAGGUUAAGGAAAAGGAGAUGGUCUUGAUGUCAUGAAUUUAAAGUCAGCAUUUGAAUUACAACACACAUCAUUGUGUGUCAGGAGGCUGUAUUAGAAAGUCUGAUUUUCUAAAAUAUGCAUCAAAUGCAUAAAUUAUAAAUCAGAGCUGAGUGGUAAAGUACUUCAAUAGGAGCAGAGUCGAUACUAUUUCCACUAGGAAGAGACAAGAAUUCUAUCUGUACAUGAGAAGGCCAAGGUUGAUCGGCUUAACCUUGUUUUUAUACCUUUAAAGCUGGUUUUGGUAGCUGGGAAGCUUUUUGUGUGACGUGUGUGUCUAUGUUAGCUCAGUGUCUUUUAAUAGCAUCUGUUUUUAGUCGUGCUGCUUCUUGCUAUUGGAAGUGUAUGUUUGUGUGUUGUCAUUUGGGAAAAGCCAACCUGUAGGGGCACUGCCCUGUGAAAUGUCCUUCUUUUCUGGGUGCCUGAGGUGUCUGCCCAUGGCUGGCCUCUCACCCCUGCUGGAGAAACCUGACAUUUACAAUGGAUUGUAUUUGUUGGGCAAAAAGGUGGAUUCAUUCAUGGAGCAGAAAAACCUGUUGGCGCAAGGUCUUGCACUCGUUAGAUGGUUUCUUUUGGGGACAUAUUUGUGUUUUGUAAUUUCUAGAAAGCCAAAAAAUGGACUCUGAUUUGUAGCCAGCAUUUUGAUAAAAUGCCACAAAAUAAGGGCUACAGAAAGAUUUUUAUGAGUUAGGUUUUUUGUUCCCUGAAUCUUUUUAAUGAAGCCAGUGAUUUCCACCUCUCAAUACAUGUCCCAAUCAAGAUGAACAACCCUGGAAAACCUUUCUAAAGUAUUAUGGCACUUUGCAAAUCCUUCUACAGGUAUUUCCCCUACAGACAUAGUGUUACAGGAAGUAAAAUGCAGAUGUACAAUUUUUAAAAAGACGCUUUUAAACAACAUGAUGAAGUUGGUGUUGAGAACAUCAGUUGCCUUAUACUAAGAUUUCAUAAGGCUGAGUUUGCAUGCUUGGAUUUUUGGUUUUGCUAGCAUGCAGAAAAUUGCGAACUUUAAAACCUUGUUAGGCAUUACUACAAGUCACUUGGAACAGUCUCAAAGAACAGAUUCUUUGAGCAGCAGAAAAAGGUGUCCUGCACUGUCAUGUGAGUGUAUGUUCAUAGCAUUUACUGGAGCUGCCUGUUAGUCUGGGACACAUGUGUGACUAACAGUUGCUGUUGAAAAUGUGAAAGUGCAGCAGAAGCACGCUGUGUUCACGGUGUUUGCCACAGUGGCCAGUCCAAUUCCUAUCUAUUUUUUUAUCCAGAGGCUUAAUGAAUGAUGACAAAAUGAUAUAUGUACAUUAAGAUGAUAAAGUGCUUUAUUUCUGGAUGGAAAGAUGUAUCUGCUGAGAUUUAUCUGUUUAAAAAAAGACAAAAAUUAUCACCAAAACCCCCUUUCCCAUCUUGCACUGUUUGUUUUGGAUUGGGCUUGGGGGAAGAGAUGUUUUUCUUAACUGUCUACUUUGUUAGAACACUUUUUGUGGUUCAAGUGCUGUUUUGUGUGUUGGGACCAAACAGUUGUCAAUAAACUUUACAAGCAAGC